AUGUUUAAUAUAAAAUACCAAGCUACUGGUGCCCUUGAGAAUACCCUCCGCAUCGCCACCGGCGGCGGCACCAGCCAGGCGGAGUACGACUCGCUCCCGGCCCCCAAGUGGGAUACCUACCAGAGCAAGAUCACAAAGUUCUAUAAUGGCGGCUGGUUCCUCGUCGACGACGACGAGCAGGCCGUCACUGUCGCCCUCCAGUCCAUCAGUAACAACAUCAAGCCCAAGGUCGCUAACGACGUCAUGAGCGCCGCCAAGCUCUACCUCGUCGCUGACAAGCGCGAUGACGUCAAGUCUCGCGAGACCUGCGGAUAUGCCACAGGUCGGCAGUGGAUGGCGCUGCGGGAUGGCGAGGAGUACUGCUUCUACAUCAUGCGCAACAACCCCAACCCGGGCCCUGACAACGACUGGGCCGAGGUUGAGUCCGAUAUCUACGACAAGAUGGCCUCGUACGGACUCGGCAACCGUGAACCGUACUACCGCGCCAUCAUUGACUGCGCGCUCAACGGUGGAGAUGACAAGGAUAAGGUUGACUUGAGCAACUUGGCUUGGGGCAAGGUCCCUACGUGCUACUUCAACCUGCCAGCGAUGUUCAUCGACAAGGAUACCAAGACUGGCUGCGGUAGCCCGUUUGAUAACGCGGAUUGCAACUACAUCGCUGCCACCCCGAUCUCUUAA